AUGAGCGGUCACGCCGGCUUCUUUCCCCUUCUACCCAAGAUAGGUCUGUGGCCGAGUAUCACAGCUUGCCCUACAGAUAUUCACCAACAAACAUACCCAAAGAAAAGAUCCACGCUCGAACACACGAUCAUGGGCUCCAAAGCCAGCCUGGCGCCCUUGGCAUCACUGCGCGUGUCCAAGCACCUCAUCCCGGCACAUGGACUGUUCCCAAACACAAGCAUCCAAAACAAACCCCUAUUGAUCUAUCACUCCGCCUUUUCGUCAACGAGUGUAUCAGCCAUCGAAUCUCGCCUUACCUCCCUUGGUGUCGUCGAGCCGCAAUGGCGUUAUACCAUGUACAGCACGAGUCACUUUCACAGUACAACACACGAAGUUCUAAGCAUUAGCCAUGGGCGCGCUAAGCUUUGUUUUGGGGGCGAAGAUAACGAAGGCCGGAUCGAGCCUGUAGUUGAGAAGGGCGAUGUCAUCAUUGUACCGGCUGGCGUUUCUCACCGCUUGCUGGAUGAUUUUGGCAGCGGAUUCGAGAUGGUCGGAAGUUAUUAA